GGUAUCGGCUGCUUUGGUCUAGCUGCUGGGCACAGCGCGCAUCGAUCAACUAUGAGUUUGUUGCACAAUUUAACGUGAGCAGUGCAUCCUGCUUUGCAUUUACAGAGUUAGUCGGGCUAUGUGAACAUUAUGUUCAGUAACCAGGGCAUUCAACCCGUCACUGUUGUUUUCAGCAACACAAAAAACUGCUUCCUUCACCUCCCCUCCAAGCUGACGUCGCAUCUUUCCUUGAACGAGAACCAGGCUUUGGAGUUGUCUUGGGGAAAUGGAUCUUCAGUGUUCCUCAGCUGGACUCAAACACGAACCUCCUCCAGUCUGGACAGCUAUAAAGUGGAGUUGUGUCGACAACUGGGAGAAAAGUUGGGCCUGAAAGAUGGAGAGCAGGGUUUUCUGAGACCAUGUCACCAGGUCUCAUCAGUGCAUCAAGUGUUUGUGGAGCCUCUGUCAUCUGACGACUGGGAAAUCUUGGAGCUCCACAGUGCCGCACUGGAGCAGCAGCUGUUGGAUCAGAUCAGAGUUGUUUUCAAGGAUGCUGUGUUUCCCGUGUGGGUGGACAACCACACAGUCAUCUACAUCCAAAUAGCCUUGCUUUCCCCAUCCGUGCCCUAUGGUCGCCUGGAGCAGUUCACGGAACUAGUUGUCUCUCCCAAGAGCCGUGCUGGAAUUGGUGAGCUCAGUGGUUCUCCACUGAGAGUCAGCGAGAAGCAGCAUUUUCACAGCCAGCAAAAUAUGGAUCAUUCCUCCCUCUCAGGACCAUCAUUGAAAAGUAUGUCCCCCAUUCCUCAAAGUCACCAGUGGGGUGGCAUAGCUGACCUGAAGAGCCUGCUACGCUAUAUGAUAAAGGGUAGUUAUGACCCGGUUAAAGAGCUACCACCUGUACCGGACAUCCCUGCCCUCAUCACUGACUCUGUCUACAGAGUGUGUGGUGCACCUCCAGACUCUCUUUGCACUAUAAGCCAGGUUGCAACUGGCGUUAUUCACUUAUUUCCUCUGAGCCACAAGUUGAAUACUGGGCCAACUGGAGUUCAGUCUCCAGUGACUUAUGGCCUUCUGUCCAAAGUUCCCUGCCCUAAAGAAACGAGGGACAGAACCAAGCAGGCCAUGGAGAAAAAGAAGAACUCAGGAGUUACUAAAGCUGCUGCUACUGCGGAUGGAGAAGAGGAGAUGAAAGAAGAGGAAAUCAUGGUGGUCAGGGUGGUGUGCCAUGGUACUGAGAUGCUGGCAGGCAAACAGAGAAGCAGGGGAGAGAUCCAUAGUGGAAGAGUAUGGAUGCCUCAGCCACUCGCCACCAGGUUGAAUAUCAUCCCGCAUUCAACAGUGAGAAUUAAGCCAGUCAAGUCAACUAUCAAAAUAGCCUCCUCUAUUCGUCUGCAGCCCCUGAAACCAGCGUCUGAGGAGGAGGAUGAUGAGGCGAUCCAGACAGCUUUCCUUGGCUGGCUGCACACUCAGAGUCAUGAACCUUUAGCCUGUCUGACUGCACGGUCUGGCAGCGUCCUCCUACAUGGAACUGAUGCAAAGUUAGAGUUUGCUUUAACUGUGCUGAAACCGGAAGCAGAGAGUGACCCUCCAGACCAGCUGUUUUUACUAGCACCUGCUGUUAUCCAGAAGGAGGACAUACAGGUAGUCCGAGAGCCAAUGGCCAUGCCAGCAGUGACAUCUAUAGCUGAAACACCCAAACCGCAGCUGCCCUCCCUCAGUAGUCUUGGAGGGAUUGAUGAGCUCAGUAGGACUGGAUUUGAGUUCAUCUCCCACAGCCUUCUGGGUAGUCCCCUCUCACGAGAGCUUUGUACCACUGGACGAGGUCUCCAAGGAGGAGCUCUACUCAUCACUGGUGCUAAGGGAAGUGGGAAGAGUACUCUCUCCCAAGCCCUCUGUGGAAAAGCUAGAGAACAUCUGGAUGCACAUGUGGAGGUGGUGGACUGCAAAAAACUACAAGGCAAACGGGCAGAAACAGUGAGACAGAUGCUGCAGGAUAUCUUUGAACAGGCAGAGUGGAGUCAGCCUUCAGUUGUUCUACUCGAUGACCUGGACCAUAUUACAGGGACACCAAUCUCAACAGAACAUGAGCAUGGUCCUGAGGUGCUGCUGCAGCAGCACAUAGCACAGAGUCUGAAGGAUGUGGUGGAUGAGGUGGUGGUUCACUCCAGCCUGGUGUGUCUGAUCAUCACCAGCCAGAGUGAGCAUUCACUCCACCCCUCCCUGACCGAGGUGCAGGGGUCCCACUUCAUUCAGGGCUUCGCCCGCAUCCGGCCAGCGGAUCAGGCUCAAAGAGCAGAAAUCCUGCGCUGUCUGAUCCUCGGGAAAAGCAGCUUGUCUGAAGAGACCUUACAGACUCUAGACCUGACAGCUGUUGCCAAGGAUACAGAGGGAUACACGCCCCAAGACCUAGCACUACUGUUGGAGCGUGCCAUCCAUGCCAACACUGCACAACGAGGACACAGUGAUCAGGGCAUGUGUCUGUCGGGGAGGGACUUCGUGCAGGCUCUCAAGGGAUUUACGCCUCCCUCGCUGUGGGGUGUAGACCUCCACACCCCAAGUGGAUUUGGGCUGGAGAAGGUGGGGGGGCUGAAGGAGGUGCGACAGCAGCUGAUGGACACCAUACUGCUCCCUGCUAAGUAUCCCAUCCUGUUCUCCAAACUCCCUAUCCGCCAUCGCUCAGGAAUAUUGCUGUAUGGAGCUCCUGGUACAGGGAAGACCAUGCUGGCCAGAGCUGUGGCCAAAGACAGUGGCAUGAACUUCAUCAGCAUUAAGGGACCUGAACUUCUCAGCAAGUACAUUGGAGCUAGUGAGCAGGGAGUCCGUGAUGUCUUCCAGAGGGCGCAAGCUGCCAAACCGUGCAUCCUGUUCUUUGAUGAGUUUGACUCUCUGGCCCCGAGGAGGGGUCACGACAGCACAGGUGUCACCGACCGUGUGGUCAACCAGCUCCUCACCCAGCUGGAUGGGGUGGAGGGACUGCAAGGUGUAUAUGUGCUCGCAGCCACCAGCCGUCCAGAUCUGAUCGACCCGGCCCUGCUGAGACCUGGACGACUUGACAAGUCCCUCUAUUGCCCCCCUCCUGACCUGGAGGCCCGUGUUGAGAUCCUGAAGGCUCUGAGCACCGGCAUCACCUUGGCUGCUGAUGUGGACCUGGAGCAGCUGGCAGCAGCGGCAGAGCAGUUCACCGGGGCAGACCUGAAGGCCCUGCUCUACAACGCCCAGCUGGAGGCUGUCCACAACAGUCUGAGCUCCAGCACCCCGCAUGAGCUGACCUCUGGCUCAGAAAGCGACAUGAGCCUGUCUUCCAUGAUCUUCCCGAACAACAGUAGUGGCUCAGAUGAUUCGGUGGGGGACGGGGACACAGGCGUAGGGCUGGACCAGUCUAUGGUCCUCCUGGAGCGCAACGAGCUUCAAAUAGAAGACGAACAUCAUCGUGGGAACAUCUGGAGACUAUACUUUGGAAGCUCCUACGAGUCAGAGAUGGGGUAUUCCCCAAUUUCAGGAGUGGUGAGCAGUAACUCCCUGUGUGUCUCUGGACCAAACUCCAUGACCCAUGACUUAACAAGGGCUUCUGCCCGUGACCCUGGUGGCUCACUCCCACCUGCCUACAUGUCCUCCAUCCAGAGUGGGUAUGAAGAGCUCAGCCCGGAGCAGCUCGAGCGUCUGCAGCAAGAUAUUAAUAACAUCAAGAACAACUACAGGAGAGCCAACGAGGACUGUGUACGGGUGCAUUCAGCCUCCAGCCAGCCGGGUCUGCUACUGUGUUCAGCUCAUGUGAACUCCGCCCUGGCCGUGACCAGACCGUCUCUCAGCAAAGCCGACUGGAACAGAUACACAAAACUGUAUGAAGCGUUUGGCGGUGCUGGAGAUGGAAAAUCUCUUCAGUCAGUCACAUUUAAACCUGGACAACGUGUGACUUUGGCGUGAUCAAACAUGUUUUCACACACCUGCUUUGUUAAUUUGAUAUCAGUUAGUAAAAUCUAUGAUGAAUUAAUAAUUUAACAAACAGUUCCAGGGCUUUGAAGACGAUGUAAAUUAAUGUUUAAUUGUUUCCUACUUAAAAUGUAAUUACUGUACAUAUAUAUGGAGUAUAAUUUACCAAAUGUUAAGAAUUAAACAUGAAAUCUUUGUACAAA